UCGACAUGGACCUAUGUGCAUGAUCUUCAGUUAGCAGAUCCUACGUUGGGAACACCUGGCACGGUUGAUCUUCUUAUUGGUGCGGAUAUCUUGCCAACCUUGUUGUUAACUGAAAUCAGAACAGGUCCCAACAAUAUGCCUUGUGCCCUGCAAACGAGACUGGGUUGGAUUGUGUUUGGCCCAGCCACAGCUACCAGCUGCAGCUCUACAAUGCAUCAUACACUCUUGUCAUCCAACCCUGUGGAGCAAGAGUGCCUUGAACAGUUGCUGCGUAAGUUUUGGGAGACGGAAGAGCCCCCGGCAGAGGUCACCUCUCACGUUGAUGAGUGUGAAGAGAUUUUUGUUAAAACCGUUACACGUUCGGCUGAUGGCCGCUACUGCGUUCAAAUACCAUUUCGGCCAGAUGCAUCACCUCUUGGUAACUCACAUCAGGUGGCACUCCGCCAAUUUCUACAGCUUGAAAGGAAACUCGCCGCAGAUUCUUCCUUGCGUGAAAAAUACGUACAUUUUAUGCGUGAGUAUGUGACACUGGGUCACAUGGAAGCGAUCGAAACAAAUCCCACAAAUUUCACGCAAUGUUAUUAUAUCCCUCAUCAUGCCGUCACCGGAAAAUUUCGGGUGGUCUUUAACGCGUCAUCUAAAACUACCAACGGUGUAUCGCUUAAUGACACUCACUUUUCCGGCCAGCAGUUGCAAGACAACUUGGUAGAUAUACUACACCGAUUUCGACGGUACGCUAUAGCCAUCACUGCAGACAUAAGGAAAAUGUUUCGUCAGGUGUGGGUUGAUCCGAGACAUCGUAAAUGGCAACAAAUCCUGUGGAGAGAGUCGCCUAACGAAACACUGCGUAUUUACCAGCUCAAAACGGUGACCUAUGGUAUGACAUGCAGCCCAUAAAAUGCAAUUCGCGCGCUAAUACAAUGCGCACUUGAUAACGCUGAAGCCAUCAUCGACGGCAGCCGGGCAGCCGCAGCGCGCAACAGCAUACUUCAAUGUUUUUAUGUCGACGAUUAUUUGGAUAGCGUCGAUACUACAGAGAUGGCAGUCAUCCGAGCACAAGAUGUUAGCACCAUUCUUCAACUAGGUGGAUUCGUGUUAGACAAAUGGAAUUCUAACUGUUCACGGGCCCAAGCGACAAUAUGCGGCUCUUCCGUAGCAGAUUUGGCAAUCAAUUUGGGCGAUCAUGACACGAAAGUACUGGGGCUACACUGGAACCCAGUUACCGACAACUUGUUCUUCAAGACGAAGUUAUGUGAUAAUGAGUUGCCUAUUACUAAACGUGCAGUUUUGAGAGACACAGCCCGGCUGUAUGACCCAACUGGCAUGCUUGCGCCAGUUAUCGUGUUAGCAAAGAUGUUCAUCCAGAAGCUUUGGCAGGCUCAAUUGGAUUGGGACGCACCAUUACCAGCCGAACUUCGUGAUACUUGGUUGGCGUUUCGAAACAAUCUUCCGGCUUUGGAAAGAGUCCGUAUACCGCGAUGGCUUGGUAUUACAUGCAGCGCGGCGGUCAGUCUUCAUGGAUUCUGUGAUGCGAGCACAAGCGCAUAUGCAGCCGCAAUUUACAUGCGAUGUAUAGAUGGAAGCGGAGACUCAAGGGUGACACUCGUUGCCGCGAAAACCAAGGUGGCACCUCUUAAGAAGCAGACCAUUCCCCGCUUGGAACUGUGUGGAGCGCAACUGUUAACCGUUACAAUGAACAGUGUUCGUCGAGCAUUGCAUCUUGAGGGCGCCGCUUACACAUUGUGGAGCGACUCCACUAUUGUCCUCAAUUGGAUUAGGAAACCUGCAUCUGCCUUUAAGCAGUAUGUGUCUAACCGUGUAGCGUACAUUCAACGGAAUUCAGAUACCAGUGCGUGGAGACAUGUCCGGUCGGAAUUCAACCCCGCAGACUGCGCCAGCCGCGGCAUCACCCCAUCCAUACUAGAAAAAAACACGCUGUGGUGGACAGGACCAGCCAUCAUUCAUUCAAUUGAUGCACUCGCAUACGAACUACCAGCUAUGUCUACCGAGCAACAACGAGUUUGCGCGGACGAAACUCGACCAAUCAGGGCUCUUCUAAGCGUUCACGUCAUACCAUCGUUUCUUAUGACGACAUCCAAGGAACAUCGGAUUCCCUUGGUGCACAAAUUUAGUAGGUUGACAAGACUGCUGAAUACAACUGCACGUAUCCGACGGCUGAUUCCACGCUUUAAAGGUACUCGAAGAGACGAGGUUGUCACAGCUGAAGAGAAGGAGUGGGCACUUGAAUUGCAUAUUCGGCAAUCGCAAGGUAACGCGUUUAUAUCCGACAUUAAUGCACUUAAGUCUCGUUCCAGACUAGACGCUUCAAGUAAAAUACUGCCCCUCAAUCCGUUCCUGGAUGAAGGAGGCAUUCUACGAGUAGGUGGCCGACUUACCAAUGCUGAUUUACCAUUUGAACUACGGCACCCUAUAAUCCUCGCGCGUGACAGCGCAUUGGCAACCUUGCUCAUCCAUGAUGCACAUAUACAAAGCUUGCAUGGUGGCAUACAGGAAAUGCUACAGUUCCUGCGACGCAAAUAUUGGAUAAUUCACAGCCGUACCCUGGUUAAGUCCUACAUUCAUAGGUGCGUUGUAUGUCGCCGGUAUCAAAAGACUACCCAACAACAGCAGAUGGCAUCUCUACCAAAAUCUCGUGUGUUGGUAUCUCCACCCUUUACUCAUACUGGCCUGGAUUACUGCGGCCCUUUUAACGUGCGUGUUGGCGGCAGGAGGUCGUCCACAACAACAAAGUGCUAUGCGGCUAUCUUUGUCUGUAUGGCCACUAAGGCCGUACACAUUGAACUAGCCGAAGACUUAUCUACCCAGUCUUUCAUUAAUAUCUUUGACCGCUUCAUCAGCCGGCGGGGCAUAAGCUCGGUUAUGUACAGCGACAACGGUACGCAAUUUGUUGGCGCUAACCGGCAGAUGAAAGAAGACUUGAAAGAGUGGACCAAUGACCGAGCAAGGCAGCACAUUGCAGAUAGGGGCACCAGCUGGAAGUUUAUUACCCCUGCCGCACCACAUCACGGAGGGCUUUGGGAAGCUGCUGUGCGCUCCGCGAAAAAGCAUCUGUACCGCACGAUUGGCCGACAAAUUUUACGAUUUAAUCAGCUCAGUACGUUGCUCGUCAGGAUUGAGGCAGUACUUAAUUCGCGUCCACUUGUCCCGCUUCGUGAUGAUCCAGAUGGCUGUCUCGCCAUUACACCGGCGGAUUUCCUUAUCGGUCGCCAACUCAAUGCUAGACCAGAACCCCCUCUUCCUAAGGUUCCUGAAAAUCGACUACUCUACAGGCAACAGUUGCAGCGAAUGUUCGAGCAUUUUUGGAAGCGUUGGCAAGGCGAGUAUCUAUCCUCUUUACAAGCGCGCAACAAGUGGACCAGGUCUUCUCCAAAUCUGCAGAUAGGUGACAUUGUCCUUAUUCAGAAUGAAAAUUUGCCCCCUACCUAUUGGCGUAUCGGUCGCAUCAUCGACGUGCACCCAGGAAGCGACGGUUUAGUUCGCACGGUCACUGUGGAGUACAAUAGCGAAAGGAAAUCACCCGAGGGACUUUUCAUCAAACACAGGUGCCAACGCCCGGUACAAAAGAUAUGCCGUCUUGUCGAAGCUCCAGAACCACACCCUGAACCGUGA